UACACACUACAUCGUUUUGAAAAAGCAAGAAAUUAGAACUUCCCUAAUUUGUCUCUCUCGAAGAGAAGACAAACUCGCGCAGCCUCCCUCACCUUUGCUCAGUCCCUCGACCUCGAAUAGACCCUCUCCCACCAGCGUCGCCGCUCGCCGCCGCCCCUGGACCUCGACCCUGCAGCGUCGCCGCCCCUCGCCCCAGCAGCGUCUCCGCGCUGCGCCUCGCCCCAGCAGUGUCGCCGCUCCUCGCCCCAGCCGAGUCACCGAAGGAGCCUCCGUCACUGGCAACGCCCUUUGCUGUUCCAGAAAAUAGUUUGUAAUGCGAAUAUGCUGCUAAAGAAAAGAACCCUAAGCCUGCGCCAGCUGCACUAGUUCUAUGUUUCCCAGAACAAAAGGCAAAGAGGAAAAGGAGAGUUACGAUUCUGGUUUGAAGCACUAAAUCAAUCAAAAUUGCAGCAAUGGGUGAGAGCAAGAAAAGAAAGAGACACAGAAACAAACAUGGUGGUAAGGAGGAGCAACCAACUCUUCCUUCUCCUUCUGCUAAGCGCACAAAGCUGAAGGAACCCUCUUCCUUUCUUGAAAAGAUGCGAGCGAGGUUGUCUGGUGGGCAUUUCAGGAUGAUUAAUGAAAAGCUCUACACUUGCACAGGGAAGGAGGCACUAGAUUAUUUCAAGGAAGAACCUUCACUAUUUGAUGUGUAUCAUGCAGGAUACAAAACACAAAUGUCAAAUUGGCCAGAACAGCCAGUUAAUGUAAUUAUUAAGUGGCUGAAAAAACAGAGCCCUUCUUUUGCUGUUGCUGAUUUUGGUUGUGGGGAAGCACUCAUUGCUAAAAGUGUGAAGAAUGAAGUCUUCUCUCUAGAUCUUGUCUCCAAUGAUCCGAAUGUAAUUGCUUGCAACAUGGCAAAUACUCCCCUUGACUCCUCAUCCGUUGAGGUCGCCGUCUUCUGUCUUUCAUUGAUGGGAACCAACUACCAAAGUUACCUCAAAGAAUCGUACAGAGUGCUCAAGCCAGGUGGCUGGCUUUUGAUAGCAGAAGUAAAGAGCAGGUUUGAUCCAAAUACCGGAGGAGCAGACCCUGAAAAGUUUUCAAAUGCUAUUUCCAAGCUAGGUUUCAACUCUGUGAAACAGUGCAGGACUUCUCAAAUAAAAUGUUUAUUUUGUUUUACUUCACAAAAAAGGAAAAGCAAAUUUCUAAGCAGAAGGAAAUUGAAUGGCCAAUGCUUAAACCUUGUUUGUACAAGCGUCGAUGAGAUUAUAUUUUUUUUCCUUUUUGGUGUAUUCAAUGUCAUUUGACUAAGUUAAUUAAAUCUUCGCAACAUUAGUAAAUCACAAAAGUUUUGUAGUAAUUGAUUUCUCGACCUCACUCAUAUUCUUUCGUUUUAAAUGCGUAUAGGGUGACUUGAAAAUCUUUUGCCUUUCGGUUAUGGAUGGGUUUAAAUGUUUGUCGUCUUGAA